GUGGGGAAAAGGGGCCGGGGGCUCUUCCAGACCUCCUUCUCUUCUUUGCAGGCUUCUACACAGCCUGGCUGAUCCCAGCCGCAGCCAUUGGCAGCUUUGUGUUCCUCGCCGGCCUCUUCGUCCUGGACACCAACGUGCCAGCGAAAGAGGUCUGCAAGAGUGGGGGAGACUUCCUCAUGUGCCCUCUGUGCGACACUUGUGGCAACUGGAACCUCUCCGAGAUCUGCCCCAUGGCAAAGCUUGGGUACCUCUUUGACCAUCCGGGGACCGUUUUCUUCAGCAUCUUCAUGUCCUUCUGGGCUGUGACGUUCCUGGAGUAUUGGAAGCGGAGAAACGCCACGUUGGCUCACCACUGGGAUUGCAUGGACUUCCAAGAAGAGGAGGAACGUCCUCGCCCGGAGUUUGCUGCUAUGGCCCCUUGCCUGGAACAGAACCCCAUCACAGGCCUGAAGGAGCCCUAUUUCCCUAAGCACGACCGGCUAUCACGCAUUCUGACCGGGUCCAUGGCUAUCGUCAUCAUGCUCUGCGUGGUGAUGAUCUUUUUGGUGUCGGUGAUCAUGUACCGGGGGAUUGUCAGCACCGCCAUGUACCACACUGGAAACAGAGUUCUGAUGACACAGGCAGGUAACAUUGCGAAUAUCAGCAGCUCCAUGGUGAACCUGGUGCUCAUCCUUCUCAUGAGCCAGGUCUACACCUCCUUGGCCGAGAAGCUUACCAGAUGGGAAAUGCACCGGACUCAGACGCAGCACGAGGACGCCUUUACCUUCAAAGUUUUCAUUUUCCAGUUUGUGAACUUCUACUCGUCUCCUUUCUACGUGGCGUUCUUCAAAGGCAGCAGGUUUGUGGGCUACCCUGGCCGAUACGGACAGCUCCUGGGCAUGAGGAAUGAAGAUUGCGGUCCUGGCGGGUGCCUGAUCGAAUUGGCCCAGCAGCUGUUCAUCAUCAUGGUUGGGAAGCAGAUUGUCAGCAACGUCCAGGAGUUCUUUGUUCCCAAGCUGAAGGCUUGGCACCAGAAAAGGAAGCUGGCCAAGGUGCGAGGGGGGCAGAUCUGCCAGGAGCCCAAACGGUGGGAGGAAGACUAUGAACUGAUUGAAUGCGAAGGCCUGUUUGAGGAGUACCUGGAGAUGGUGCUCCAGUUUGGUUUCAUCACCAUUUUUGUGGCGGCUUUCCCGCUGGCCCCGCUCUUCGUGGUAUCCUGCGGUCAGAGCACCGCAGACCGGUUUCGCCUCCCCCUGGAAUCCGGGAUGGGCGGCCUCCCCCGGGCUCUCCUCCCUCCCUCCUUCUCUUCCCAGCACGUGGUCUUCUUCUGCUUGCGCCUGAUUGACUGGCUGGUGCCGGACAUCCCCAAGUCCCUGGAAGUGAAGAUCAAGAGGGAGCGUUACCUAGCCAAGCAGGCCCUGGCCGACCACCAGGAGGCGCUGCUGACGACGGUGAGUCCCGACUCUUCUUCCAGCAGCCCAGCAAGCAGCUUUUUAUCCAGCAAAUACUCUGGAGAAGCUCUGGAAAAGGGGCGAAGGAAGCUGACCAUCAGCAGAGAGGAUCAAAAGACGGUGCGUAAAUGCCCUGGGGUGGUCUCUGGGGUGGAAGGAAGGAUCCCAGCCGCCAGCGAUGCCCGGGGGAUCCUCUUCCUCUUGUCCUGUAAAGAGGAUGAGGCUCUCUGGGCAGAGCCCGUCUCUCAAACCCCUGGGAUGAACCGGCUGAAGGCGCCAGAGAAGCAGCCCCAGGCCUGCCCGGUGGGUGCCGCCUUCUCCACCACCGCCCUGCUCUCCUCCGCCCUGCUAGGGGCUGCCUCGCUCUCCCCCCAGCGGGAUUACAGCUUCUCCUUCUGGCAGGAGAUCCCGGAGGUGAAAAGCAGAGGGCUGCUGGAGGGACUCCCAGCACAGCAGCGCCACCUGCAGGAGGUACCCGAGAAAUGCACAUGCGGGAGGGCAGGGGGGGAAGAGAGGGCCCAGGCAGCAGCCGAGACUUGA